CGAUUUGAAAAAUUCUAAGCCCAUUUAUCGAGGAAGGCUAUAGGCUAUAUUUUGUCCCCGUAUUCCUAGGGGUACGGGAACCACGCAAUAUCUAAUUAGUGCAUAUUGCGAAUAAAAUAUGAAAACGUUAAUUUUCAGCGGCUCGUUUGGAAAUGCUAUCCGAAGAUCUGUGUGAACAGUUUAUAGCGUGCCAUCCUUUUCUAGCCCUUAUAAUAUUGAAGAGAAAUAGUUAUGUUUGGAUCACAUACCACGGACCCGGUGAGACGUGGUCUCAUUAUGAAAUUUUUGUAAGAAGAAAGAAUAAUAAUAGAUGUCGAAUAUAUUAAAUCUUACUGCACAAUACACCAUUUUAAUUUUAUAGCAAGUAUAAGGUACAUAUGUCAAUGCUUUGAGAGAUAUAGAUAUUAUUUAGUAGCAAAAAGUAGGUACGUAAGUAUAGUUUAAUAAUCCAAAUCAUUAGUUUUUGAAACACGAAUAGAAAAGAGAACCUUCUUUUUUUAAAGUCGUUUAAUAAUGUUGAAAAUGUAAUGAUUGACUUUAUCAGAAACGUGAUUUGAACCAUACAAAAAUACUGCAAUAAUUAGUAAACAAUAGGUUCUCCCACACGUGUAUGCUGCCUAGGUAUGCAUUAAUUACUUAAGCAGCAGUUAGAUAUCAUCAUUGAAUUUUACUAGACGCAUUUAGUACGCCGAAUAGAACUAAAAAUUUACAGACACUGAAAAUUUUGCAGCGAGAUAAGUUUCACUAAUGCAGUAUUAACGAACCCUUUAUCAAAUAAACUAGUGAUUCCAUUCGUAACAAGUGUUUUUAAACUAAAUUAGGUUUGAAAUUGCAGUGAACGAAAGAUUUAUAGCCGUGUCUAAUGAAUUGCGUGUUUUAAACCGCUCUAAUGCUGUUUCCGGUCUGUAUUGGGGUACUGUUCGUAAAUAACCUGUUUGCUUCAAUCAGAGCCUAUGAUUUUUCAAUUCUGGGACCACCUAUACGCGAUGUUCCAUUACAUCUCCAGAUGGAAAUAUGUUUUAUGGGUAACAAACCGUUUUACUGUCCAAAAUCCCAACAGAAAUCUUAUACAGCAAAUGCAAACCGAUACAUAAAAGAUCGAAUUUUAUUAUCUCCAAAAAGGAAUCGGGACAAUUUUUCCGAUCGGCUACCUUUGUAUAGUCCACACCAAUUGCUGUCCUCUUUUCAAUACGCACCUAGUCCUGAAAUUCACGGGAGCUUUUUACGUAAUUUGCCUUUAUUGGAGCAUGGCAAAUAUACUUAUGGAGUGACAACCGUGACAAAUGGAAUGAAACCUUCGUCAGAUUACUCAGUAUUGCCUACACGUGGUAAUGCAGUGAAGUCGACCGUUGUGCCUUUAUUCACAACUGUAUUGAAGCCCGAAAAGGAAAAAGAUAUACAUCUAAAUGUAACUCUUUUUGAUAAAUUUAUUCUAUCAUUAGAUCAAUUUGACCGUAAGUUUUAUCAGAUCACAUUUAAUAAACUAUUAUCUAUAAGCCCGCUCGACCGCUUGGAAAAUGGGAUCAGUUUCGCUCAAUCUGGCUUGUUUCUAUAUCUGGCGCUCACGGCGCUGUCUACAGAACUUGAUUUGAUUUCUUCCAAGGAAAUUGACUCGAAUUUGCAACUGAAACCAUCUGUAUCGGACAAAAUUAAGCUUAUAAAGCAGAUUAUUUCGUGGCUUCCGGAAUCAAGCCCUGAUCUAAAGCUCCACUGGGCCACGCGUCUGGUAGUAGAGCCGGUAUUACCAGUUAGUCAAGAAUUCCUGGAAGGAGCCGCUACUGCUCUGAAUAUACAAGUGGAAUGGUUAAAUGGGACAGAAACAUCGGAGGAACUUACCAAAAACCUCAACAGGAGGGUGAAAACAGAUUCUGGGGGUGCAAUGCGGAAUACGUUCGAGGAAGACGAUUUCUCGGAGGGCACAUGUUCGAUUCUACUGAACACUGUGUAUUUGCGGGCGCGCUGGCGGUCUCCGCCCACCGUACUCAACGGAUCGCGACCUUUCCGUGACUCCGAACAGCUUGCUCCUGGUGCUCCUGAGCGCUCCGUGAGGAUGAUCAGAAUAAAUGAUGUCAUGCGGUACGCUGCUCUCAAGGAAUGGAACGCUGAGGCGUUGGAAAUCAGUUAUGCAACACCCGGUCUCACACUGUUGCUGCUGAUUCCUCGAGGGCGCACAAUAAAAAGCUUGGCAACUAAUGUGACCACGACUAGUCUGACGCAAAUUAGUCAGAAAUUGCGAACAAUGCGGGUUGCAGCAACCCUACCGAUUUACACACUACGUAUGACAUUACUGCUGCCUGACAAGCUUCAAGCGAUGGGUAUAUCUCGCUUGGUAGAUGCCAAUCAUACGAAGAGCAAACGAUGCGGGCAGCUGAGAUUAUCGCAUGCAGUUCAGCGGAUCAUGUUUUGGGCGGAGGCCGGCAGAAACGCUUAUAAAGAUGACGGAAUAGAAUGGGACGAAACUCCGGAAAAGGAAAUGAUUGUAGAUAGGCCGUACCUUUUCUUUGUCAGAUGGAAAAAUGUUACAUUGAUAAAUGGAAACUUUGCAUUAUAACAAUACCGUACCGUAAGUAGGUACUUACAUACAUGGUAUCUUCUGAA